CGUCCGUCUCUCCGGUCACCUUUCCUAGCCCCAACCAACAUCGGAUCCAGGAGUGUGUUCCAAAAAGCGUCUCGUCCAUUGCACCAGUGACACAGAAGUGUUCCAUUGGUGUGAGCAGGCUCAGCCCGUGUCAGUGUCGGUUCCCACUCAUUUGUAUUGGACAAAUUACCCGGCGUUUGAAUCUCGGAUCCAAUUGUGGCCAGGCGCCUUCCAUCUCGUGGAAUUAUGUCGGUGGCCGAAUUCAACAACGAGCAGCUCCUGAAAUAUUUGAAAGAAGUGGAACAAUCGGCUGAGGAUGUGCUCUCGGAUCGUCAGGAGAUUAUCGACCUCGAUCGCAGGCGGAACACCAAUCGAGAAGCCCUCAGAGGGAUUGAGCAGACCUGUCGGACCUCGUACAAAGGGAACGACUCCAAGAUGUGGAUGGCGAUGGGAAAUACAUUUUUUAGGCUUCCAUGUCGGACAGCCCAGUCCAUGCUCCAAAAAGAUCAAGUUCAAUUGGACAAAGAAAUCAACAUCCUGCGGUCAGAUCUAAAGGUCAAAGUGAAUUCAUUGCAAGAGAAACAAGGUCGCCCCGAACUCAAAGGGCUUCACCUGAAGGCGCUCAACCCUGACGAGUUGAACGCGGUGAGUAAAGUGAUCAGACCCAACCCCACGAGCUGAACCAUUGGAUGCACUCGUAUGUGUGUGCGUGCGUGCGUGUGUGUGUGUGUGUGUGUGUGUCUUUGAGAUAUUGCCUCAAAAUGCCAAAGACCUUCAUCAUGAUCAUCAUCAUCCAUAUCAUGAUCAUCAUUCUCACCGACCGCUACCGUCAUGAUCGUCAUCUCUUUGUGAGGAGUUUUCAUGCAGACUUCAAUAAACCGAUCGUCAUAAAACUUCA